AUGAUCGGUCUGAGCCAGAUUGGAGGCCCAACCAGUGCAGUCCCUACUGAUAUCGACGAGAAGCGAUCCUCUAGCAACAUCGAUAAGGACAUCGAAGAUCUCGCUACCGCUGCCGCUCAAGAUGAACUGGAAUACCCUACCGAUGAAGAACGUCAGACACUCCGUAGAGUUUCCGACGCGAUUCCGUGGAACGCCUACUUGAUUGCCAUAAUUGAGCUGGCAGAGCGUUUCUCCUACUACGGAUCCACGGUCGUCUUCACCAACUUCAUCCAGCAACCUCUUCCACUGUCAUCUCGCACCGGAGCAGGCGGUCUGAAUGGCCAAGCUGGGGCGCUAGGCCUCGGUCAGCGCACAGCGUUCGCCCUGACGACUUUCAACGCGUUUUGGGUCUACGUCAUCCCGCUGUUCGGCGCGUACAUCGCUGAUACCUACUGGGGGCGCUACAAGACCGUCUGUGUCGCCGUGGGGAUUGGGAUGGUUGGACAUGUCCUUCUCAUCGUCUCAGCGCUUCCACCUGUUAUCGCGCACACCCAGGGAUCGUUGGCGUGCUUUGUCGUCGCGAUAAUCAUAAUGGGCCUAGGAACAGGAGGAUUCAAGGCAAACAUAAGUCCUCUUGUCGCAGAACAAUAUCAAAAAUCGAAGCAAUACAUCCGAGCGACAACGACAGGGGAACGCGUCAUCGUCGAUCCUAUGCUUACCACAUCUCGUAUCUAUAUGUAUUUCUAUCUCUUCAUCAAUAUCGGAGCAUUGGUUGGGCAGAUCGGGAUGACCUAUUCCGAGAAGUUCAUCGGCUUCUGGCUCUCCUUCACUCUCCCCACGAUCGUAUUCUUCCUGUGCCCGAUCGUGCUCUACCUCGGCCGCCAUCGUUAUCGCCACUCUCCUCCCACCGGAUCUAUAUUGUCCACCGUUCUCCGUCUCUGGCGCUUCGCAGCCCGUGGACGCUGGUCUGCCAACCCAAUCAAGCUGUAUAGAAACAUGACUGCCAGCGACUUCUGGGAAUCGGCUAAGCCCAGCCACCAGUCCGCCGAAUCCAAACCGCGCUGGAUGACGUUCGACGACGCGUGGGUUGACGAGGUCAAGCGCGGGUUCAAGGCCUGCGCCGUAUUCUGCUGGUACCCAAUAUAUUGGCUCGCAUACAACCAACUGCACGGAAAUCUGACAUCCCAGGCAGCCACGUUAGAAACGCAUGGACUGCCGAACGACGUGCUGGCAAACCUCGAUCCGCUCGCGCUUAUUAUAUUCAUCCCAAUCUGUGAUCUCUUCAUCUACCCGGGACUGCGACGGGUUGGGUUCAACCUGACUCCUCUCAAGAAGAUCACUUUGGGCUUCUACACCGGCUGUGCUGGCAUGAUAUGGGCCGCCGUCGUACAGCACUACAUAUACAAGACGAACCCUUGUGGGACACAUGCAGCGACCUGCCGCGACGCGCACAACAACAAGCUCGUCUCCCCCCUAAUUGUAUGGAUACAGACUGGAUCAUACGUUCUCGUCGCCUUUUCCGAGAUCUUCGCGUCGAUCACCGGGCUCGAGUACGCGUUCACGAAGGCGCCGAAGAAUAUGCGCUCCCUCGUCAUGUCCGUGUUCCUCUUCACCUCCGCCCUCUCAUCCGCGCUAGGAGAAGCGUUCGUCAGCCUGUCGCAGGACCCUUUGCUAGUCUGGAACUAUGGCGUGGUGGCCGUGAUUGCGGGUGUGACCGGUACGCUAUUCUGGCUUGCGCAUCGAAAACUGGAUGCCCAAGAAGAUGAGCUUAACAAUAUGGACGAAGGGCAUGUCACUCACUGA